CGAGCUGCGCACAGCCCACGCCACACCGCUCCUGAGCCUGUGGGUCGUCAGCACCGGCCUCGCCGGCUCCCCGGCUGUAGAAAAUGGUGAAAGAAACCACUUAUUACGAUGUUUUGGGGGUCAAACCCAAUGCUACCCAGGAAGAAUUGAAAAAGGCUUACCGGAAACUAGCCUUGAAGUACCAUCCGGAUAAGAAUCCAAAUGAAGGAGAGAAGUUUAAACAGAUUUCUCAAGCUUAUGAAGUGCUCUCUGAUGCUAAGAAAAGGGAUUUAUAUGACAAAGGCGGCGAACAGGCAAUUAAAGAAGGUGGAGCAGGUGGCGGGUUCGGCUCCCCCAUGGACAUCUUUGAUAUGUUUUUUGGAGGAGGAGGAAGGAUGCAGAGAGAAAGAAGAGGUAAAAAUGUUGUGCAUCAGCUCUCUGUAACCUUAGAAGAUUUAUGUAAUGGUGCAACAAGAAAGCUAGCUCUGCAGAAGAAUGUGAUCUGUGACAAAUGUGAAGGCCGAGGUGGUAAGAAAGGAGCAGUAGAAUGCUGUCCCAAUUGCCGAGGUACUGGAAUGCAAAUAAGAAUUCAUCAGAUAGGACCUGGGAUGGUUCAGCAAAUUCAGUCUGUGUGCAUGGAAUGCCAGGGUCACGGGGAACGGAUCAGUCCUAAAGACAGAUGUAAAAGCUGCAAUGGAAGAAAGAUAGUCCGAGAGAAGAAGAUUCUGGAAGUUCAUAUUGACAAAGGCAUGAAAGAUGGCCAGAAGAUAACAUUCCACGGUGAAGGAGACCAAGAACCAGGACUGGAGCCAGGAGACAUUAUUAUCGUUUUAGAUCAGAAGGAUCAUGCUGUUUUUACUAGGCGAGGAGAAGACCUUUUCAUGUGCAUGGACAUACAGUUGGUUGAAGCAUUGUGUGGCUUCCAGAAGCCAAUAUCUACUCUUGACAACCGAACUAUAGUAAUCACCUCUCAUCCAGGUCAGAUUGUGAAGCAUGGAGAUAUCAAGUGUGUGCUAAAUGAAGGCAUGCCAAUUUACCGUAGACCAUAUGAAAAGGGUCGCCUAAUCAUUGAGUUUAAGGUAAACUUUCCUGAGAAUGGCUUUCUCUCUCCCGAUAAACUCUCUCUGCUGGAAAAACUCCUUCCUGAAAGGAAGGAAGUAGAAGAAACUGAUGAAAUGGACCAAGUAGAACUGGUGGACUUUGAUCCAAAUCAGGAAAGACGGCGCCAUUACAAUGGAGAAGCAUACGAAGAUGAUGAGCAUCAUCCCAGAGGUGGUGUUCAGUGUCAGACCUCUUAAUGGGGCCAGUGAGUUACACUGCUGGCAUUUUAUGUGCAGUAGUGAAUGAGUGAAGGACUAUCUGAUAUACUCACUACUUGCAAUUGUUUUGUUUUCAAAUUCAACUAUAGUAGUGUUUUAAAAGUUAAAUGAAGAAUAAACUCAAAUAUGAAAGCUC